CUCUUAUUUAUGUGCUCUGUGAAUGAGUGCGCGCUCCCGGUGUUUCCUGCGCGUGUCCUCUUUCAUUCUUUACGAGCAGCGGCCGAGAGCGGAGAGAAUGCUGGCUACCAGGGCAUUGCGUUUUGUUGGGCAACGCGCCUUGUCAACUUCAGUGUGCCUGCGUGGUGGACAUGGUGUUGCCAAGGUUGAGGACUACUCUCUUCCAGCAUAUUUUGACCGACGGGAGAUUCCCCUCCCUGAGAUCAAAUAUGUCCAGGAGUUGAGCUCAGUACAGCAGUCCCUGAAGGAAAAGGAGAAGGGUUCCUGGACUGCAUUGUCUGUUGAUGAGAAAGUUGCAUUGUACCGCAUCAGCUUCAAGGAGAGCUUUGCUGAAAUGAACAAGGCUACAGGGGAAUGGAAGUCUGUGGUAGCUGGAAUUUUGUUCUUCCUUGGCUUCACUGGUGUUGUUGUGCUGUGGCAGAGGAAAUACGUCUAUGGAGAGCUUCCUCACACCUUUGACCCCGAGUACAAAGAAAAAGAGAUCCAGAGAAUGCUUGACAUGAGGAUCAACCCUAUUGAGGGAUUUUCAGCUAAAUGGGACUAUGAAAACAAGGCCUGGAAGAAAUAAGUUCAUGUUCAUCUCAGUCUUUGGACCAUGUUACGCAAAAUCUUGCAAAGCAGGCAACAUGGAAGUCAGAAGAAAUGUCUGUAUUUAUGUUUUGUCUGCAGUACCUCAGUGAAUGCGAUUUGGAAGACCACUUCCUCUUAAGGUUAUUGUUUAAAAUAUACAAAAUAAAAUUCCAGUGUCUACCAUGCCA